CACGCGAUAACUACAUAUUUACUCAGAAACGAAAGCGUAUCGUGUUAAAAAAGAGUCAACCGGCUUGUCUGUCAUUAUCCGUCUGAGCGGCUGAUGAAAAUGGCGCAGGCUUCUUUGAAUGAUCUCGAUUCAUAUCGCUGUUCGGUUUGUUUGGAUCCACUGAAAGAUCCUGUAACUAUUCCCUGUGGACACAGUUACUGUAUGUGCUGCAUCAGUGGCUGCUGGGAUCAGGAGGAACAGAAGGCGGGGUACAGCUGUCCCCAGUGCAGAGAGACGUUUAGUCCGAGGCCAGCGCUAAAGAAAAGUACCGUGUUGGCCGAGUUGGUGGAGAAACUGCAGAUCACAGAUAUCCAGUCGGAUCCCCUUCAGCUCUCCUAUGCUGGACCAGGCGAUGCGGAGUGUGACUUCUGCAUCGGGAGAAAACUCAGAGCCGUCAAGUCUUGUCUUGUGUGCGUGGCUUCCUACUGUGAAACUCAUAUUCAACCUCACUACCAAUCUGCCACCUUUCAGAAGCACGCGCUCACCAAAGCGUCCACUAAGCUACACGAGAACCUCUGUUCUCAGCAUAACCGGCUUCUUGAGCUGUUCUGCCGUACCGAUGAGAGAUGCAUCUGCGUUCUUUGUACCGUUGAUGAACACAGAGGCCAUGGUACCGUCUCAACGGCGACAGAGAGGACUGAGAAGCAGGAGGAAACAAGAAAGAUAUGCCAGCAGACGAUCGAGAAGAGAGACAAGGAGCUGCACAAGAUGAAAGAAUCUUUUCUGAUUUACAAGGAUGCAGCACAGGAGGCAGAAGAGCACUGUGAACAGGUCUUCACUGAGCUGCUUCAGUGUGUUGAGACGGCGCACGCGAAGGUGAAAGACAGGAUCAGAGAACAGCAGAUGGCAGCAGAGAGUCAAGCUGAGGAAACCCUUAAGGAGCUGGAGCAGGAGAUUGCUGAGCUGAAGAGGAGAGGUGCUGAACUAGAGCGGCUCUCACAGGAAGACGAUCACAUCCAUUACCUCCAGAGCUUGCAGCGAAUCCCAACCUCAAAUGAAACGAAGGAUUUUAACCCACCACACUUGUCAUUUGAGCUCAUGAAAAAAUCAGUCAGUGAAUUCAAGGACGAAGUUGAAGAUGUCUGCUCAAAGAUCAAGGAGAAGGUUUCUAAAGAAGUGGCCACCAUCUUUUUUGAGGUACCUGAGUUUAGUCGCCUCAGUGGUAAAGUCUCAAGUCCUUCACUUCUGACCUGGAAAAGCUAUGUGAAGCCACUAUUGGGAAAAACAAAAUGUCUCUCCUUCUUCCUGGAUGCCAGUUCACAGAUCCACUGGAGGUCAUGUCAAGCUGAAGCAAUUCUGACGGUUAUCAACCAUCAGAAUAAUAACAACUCAUUCAGUCGAGAAAUAAACCACAGAUUCUGUGCUGAGCACCCAAAUCAGGGCUAUCCCAACUUCAUGCCAUGGAAAGACUUAAUGGAUCCGGAAAAGGGAUUUGUGAAAGAUGACAAAGUUUCCUUCAUGGUCACUGUCCGGGCUGAUGAGGUUGAGCACAUAUCAACUUAAUAUAGUUAUAACAACAGCAAUAAUAAACAAACAUAUCAACUUAAUAAAGAUAUAACAGCAACAAUAGUAAACGAACAUAGGGGGUACUAGAUGGUGGAAUGAUUGUCCUCGUUGUUAUUCAAGAAUUCUCUUAAAAAGCUGUUCUCCGCUGCAGUUUCAUUUUCCUUCCCUACCUCCAGCCCCUUCUAGUCUGCCUACUAGUAAUAAGGCCUUCCUGCUUGAGAAAAUGUGCAUUGCCAGGAUCGAUUAAUAUAAUUACACAAUACAAUAUAUUUGAUUCCUUCAAUUAAAAAAGUAAUGGACAUUAGAAAUGACAUUGUCUCAGCCCUGUGAAACUGUUUUUGAAGAGGAAUAAACCAUUCCUAACGAAGACUUGCCAGAUAUGUUGGCCUCAGUCUUACUCAGGAUGUCCAGAAGGACGCUUUAAGAGACUCACCUUGAACUCAGAACCCUUGAAGAGAAGUGGGCAACCUUCAGGCUCAUCGCAGAGGGCUGAGUGGAGCAACAUGUGAUCAGUCUCAUCCAGGACAUACCUGGGCAGCUGUUGAAAUGUUAAAUGCUUGUAUGUUUGAAUCAUUUGAUUAAAUGGGGGAAAUAAACUACUCUGGUGUAACACCAUCCACCACUCAGCAGCCUUGACUGAUGCCUAAUUCAACAGCAGUGAUGUUUCAUUCCAUCUGAGAUUAAACAGCAGUGAUGUUUCAUUCCAUGUGAGAUUAAACAGCAGUGAUGCUUCAGGCUGUUUACCUCAUG